CUACUGCUGUUUAACUUUCUGUGUCGCUGUCUGUGUCUCUCACUCGCUCAGGGCUCCCAGGGAUUUGGAUCUCAGGUCAACAAAUGCUUAGAGAAUGCAGAAUAUCUGUACGAUCAGCUGCAGAGGAGGACUGACUUUGAACUGGUCUUCAAACACAAACCGGAGCACAGUAACGUGUGUUUCUGGUACCUCCCCCCCAGCCUGAGGGGCCUGCAGCCUGGCCCUGACAGAGACAUGAGACUCCAUCAGGUGGCUCCUCAGAUCAAAGGCAGGAUGAUGGAGAAGGGCUCUCUUCUGAUUGGCUAUCAGCCGUUGGGUGACAAAGUCAACUUCUUCAGGUGUGUGUUCUCCAACCCGGCCACGCAACAGGAGGACAUCGACUUCCUGCUGGAGGAGAUCGCCCAGUUGGGAGAGGACUUAUGACCUGUGAUGUGAUUAUUGGAUCAGCACUUCUCUCCGGUUUUCAUUUUGAACGAAAUGAGUGCACCAUUGUUUUACUGUGCCAUUCACAUUGUAUCCACACGUUCUAUAAGCCUUUCCACUUUUGGUGUUCUUACAGCGUUAAAGUGAGGAGGUUUGAAACUGUACACUAUUUAUUCAUGUUUCCCAUGGUUCUACAGGGUUACCUGGUGUGAGGUUUUAGAGUCGUCUUAAUCAAGUUAAUUUAACUGAAAAUACUUGGAAUUGUUUGUGGUGAUACCCCUUGAGAUACUUCAGACCAGAGGAGAGGAGAAUGACACAGACUUUGAAAAAGGUAAUUCAUAUUAAAAAGAAACACAAUCAUACGAUCUCACAGACGGGAAAACAAAAAGAGAGAAAUUGAAACUAUAGACAAGACACAAAGAGAACAUUAUUUUCAAAAUAAAACAAAACAUAUUAAACACCAGGAUCAUGAGACCCAGGGGCGUUUCCUGGACCUGGAAACAUUCAGGGCUUAUAAUAGCCCACAGCUCAUUAAGGUACAUUAAGGUACCGGGCGCUACAGUGGAAAUUUCUACUGCAACACUCGCCACACGCACACACACAGUACACCUGCGACUCUUACAAUGAAGGCUCCAUAAUCAGCUCACGGCAUAUAGGUGUAAGCAGGGGUAAAGUCCUAUUUCUUAUAAGUGGGGGGCGGACCUAACCUCCUCUAGGAGGGUCCUCACCUCCUCUAGGAGGGUCGUCACCUCCUCUAGGGGGGUCCGGGGGGGUAAACAGAUUUUCUAU